ACAAAGGACAUUUUGAGUAGUGAAAAAUGAGGUUUUGAAACUCAAAAGGCUUUUUCAUUUUAUAGAGAGAUCUUCUGUCAUGGCUUCUUGUGGAGGUGGUAGUGCAAUCAUCGUCGUGUUUGUAUCGAGUAUCUUGGUGCUUCUAGUCCUCCCUUGUUUCUCACAUCCACUAUGUUCUGAUUCAAGGGCACCGUUUAGUUCCAAGACUCCGCUGCUUUUCUGUCCUUAUAACGGAUCACUGUGCUGUACUUCUGCCCAGGAUUUGAGCUUACAGAAGCAAUUCGCAGCAAUGAACAUAUCUCAUACAGAGUGUGCUUCUCUAGUGAAAUCGGUCCUCUGUGCUAGAUGUGACAAAUUUUCAGCAGACUUGUAUACUGUCCAAUCUACUUCUCGACAAGUUCCAUUACUUUGCAACACUACCACAGGAUCAAAUAGCUUUUGUUCACAAGUAUGGAAUACAUGUCAAAAUGUAUCAAUCAUAAACUCCCCAUUUGUGGCCACUUCCUUAUUAAGCCAACCAGGAACACCUGUCAAUUCCAGUAGCAAACUCACUGAUACAUGGAAGUCGAAAAAUGAUUUCUGUAGUGCAUUUGGUGGAAUUUCACCAGAUGAUUCAGUGUGCCUUGACGGAGGACCUGUUAUACUAGCUGAUAAGAAACCUCCAAGCCCCCCUAGUGGUAUGUGUCUUGAGAAGAUAGAUAAUGGUUCUUUCCUCAAUAUGGCUGCUCAUCCUGAUGGUUCUAAUCGUGCCUUCUACGCGAAUCAGCAAGGAAAGAUUUUUCUAGCAACAAUUCCCAAACAAGGGUCGGGAGAAGAAAUGAAGCUUGAUGAAUCAACUCCUUUUCUUGACUUAACUGACGAGGUUUAUUUCAGCACUGAGUUUGGGAUGAUGGGAAUGGCAUUCCAUCCCAACUUUGCACAAAAUGCAAGGUUUUUCGCUUCAUUCAAUUGUGACAAGUCAAAGUGGAACGGAUGCAGUGGCAGAUGUGCUUGUAACUCAGAUGUCGACUGUGAUCCCUCUAAAAUAGGCACUGACAAUGGUGCACAGCCAUGCCAAUACCAAACUGUUAUUGCAGAAUACACUGCUAAUGAUACCAACUCACAGCCAUCUACGGAAGCUAGACCAAUUGAAGUAAGAAGGAUACUUACCAUGGGACUUCCAUUCACGGGUCACCACGGAGGACAGAUCCUUAUUGGACCAACUGAUGGGCACUUAUACUUUAUGAUAGGAGAUGGUGGAGGAGUAGGCGACCCUUACAAUUUUGCCCAAAACAAAAAGUCAUUACUUGGGAAAAUUAUGAGGCUUGACAUCAAUACCAAUCCUAGUCCAGCAGAAAUUGAUAGACUCGGCCUAUGGGGGAACUACUCCAUCCCAAAAGACAAUCCAUAUACUCUGGAUAAAGAUUUGCAGCCAGAAAUAUGGGCAAUUGGAAUGCGAAAUCCCUGGAGAUGCAGCUUUGAUUCGGCUAGGCCUUCUUAUUUUAUGUGUGCAGAUAUAGGCCAGGAUCAUUACGAAGAGGUAAAUUUAGUAACUAAGGAUGGAAACUACGGAUGGCGUGCUUAUGAAGGACCUAACCCAUACAAUCCUCCAAAAGCUCCAGGAGGAAAUACUUCGCGUGACUCAAUAAGUCCAAUUUUUCCAGUUAUGGGAUAUAGCCACUCUGAUGUGAACAAAAAUGAAGGAUCAGCAUCAAUCACAGGCGGAUAUUUCUAUCGCUCAACAACGGAUCCAUGCCUUGAAGGAAGGUAUUUGUAUGCAGAUUUAUACGCCGGGGCUGCAUGGGCAGGCAUUGAAACCCCUGAAAAUAGCGGAAAUUUUACAUCUACCAAGAUUCCAUUUAAGUGUGCAGAAGACAGUCCCAUUCCUUGUACAUAUGUCCCUGGAAAUACAUUACCUGCCUUGGGCUACAUUUUCUCAUUUGGAGAGGAUAACAGUAAAGACCAUUUUGUAUUAGCCAGCAGUGGUGUCUACAGAGUAGUCCCUCCCAGCCGCUGUAAUUACAGUUGCACAAAGGAAAAGGCUACUACCACUUCUCCUCCAACUCCUUCUCAUGCAACAUGUAACUAUUUUGGCCUCACUUUGUCUCUUAUUUCUUGCUUUGUUCUAAGCUACAUUUUGAUGAUUUAAGAUGACAACCUCUUUUUUACUUUGUCUCUCUAGUGUGGUUGGAUAACUUAGUGAUAAAAAAUUUAUCCUCGUCCUGAUUUCAUCCGACUCGAUAGAAAGAUACUUGUUUGUAAUACUACAAGUCAUAUUUAUCAAAAAAAAUCACCUCAUUUUUAUUUUUA